UGUACAGCCAUUUGGUAUUAAUUCCCUCACAGCUUACCAAUCUGUCAUUGAAAACUUACAUGAUCCUCCUCAAGACAUGACCAACAAUGGCUGGAACAAUAUCAUUGCUUCACGCUACCAAACGGCUUUUGAUAACAAGGGACAACCACAAAAUGCAGUUCCUUUUAUUGCGGUUUAUGAUGCACGUAAUGCCUUCACAGUCAAGAAUGAUAUGGAUGCAUACCCCUCUCGGCGUCUUAAAAUGAACAAUGUUGUAUUGAUGGAAACAUUUAUCAAACGAUACAAAUGGGAAAAGUCUGUCAAACAUUGGCAGAGUUGGAAUGUGAUCUUGGAGCUUCAAGAAGUUUCUCUCAUACAUACUGCUGCUAACGCACUCAAUAUUUGACGUGUCUCAAACCAAUUUUGUCUUGUUCCAUUUUCCAUUUUCCAGUCUUACUUGUAUGAAUAAUGUCAUGUCGGUCUCAUCCUCUGUUCCCUAAAUAACUAAUGUUCCAAUGACGGUCCCCUCCCUUC